GUUGUAGGUUUAUUGAUCAACUUAAGAUGUCCUCAACCGACCCACUGAGUGUUUUGCGAGCGCGUAACAGAGACUUGUUGAUGCAGCUGGAGCAACUAACAGAGAGAUUACGAAAUCUGAGCCGCUCCCGAAACGCUACGUUCAGCGACGAGAAGUUCCCGGAGGAGGACCGCGCACCUCCAGAGACGCUAACACUGACGGACGGCGAUCGUGGCACCGCAAGGGCGGCCCUCACCAGAGCCACCCUGUCGUCAGAAGCUGAAAAUACAUAUACAGGGCGGGAAGACACCCGGUGUGCCAUUCCCACGCCGUCCGGGAUCCAAAAAGAAAGAGCUUCUAAUAAUCAGGCAGUCUCUUCGCAACUUGUAGAAGACGGUAAUGGACGUCCUGCAGCUCAUAUCAGACCACGGGACACAAGAGCCGACCCCAAGUCAAUUCUUCUGAAUCGUGACCGGAAACAGAAGAAGAUUGAAAGUAAAGUCAAAUUCCAACAUCCUGAACAGGAAGACGAGUUGUUCUCGGACAGGCAUCGUUUGCAGCCCUUACUUGGAUAUGACUGGAUAGCAGGAAUCCUGGACACAGAGAGCUCAUUGAUUGAACACUCUGAAGAGUUUUACAAUGAACUACAGGUUUUUCGAUCACUCAAUAAAGAUGAGUGUGUCCACAGCCAACAGGAAAGAAUUUCAGAGGAGUCCUAUUCAAUCCCACCACUGUUGAUGGACAAGGAUUGCCUAGAGACCAACGUCGACACUCACCAGUGCACGUUCUGUUAUAGGAUCAAUAGCAGAUUGUUCCCGGUCCCGCUGGAUUCUCAGGAGUGUUGUGCUGUGUGCAAAAAGCCCAAAUCCAUUCACCCCCACACUACUACAGAACCAGCUUUGAUAAGGGUCAGCAUUCCACGUUCCACUCUCUUGCCAGCAUACAAGUACAAAGCCCAUCGCCGAUGCAGCUUUGACCCCUCUGAUAGUUUGGGAUUACCAUCGCACUGUCUAGCUGGCUGGCUGAAUACAGGACAGACCACCGUUUCACAGAAAAGCAACCUGGAUCUAAGGAGCAAUUUACAUGUUAAGACCAGUACUGAGCUCCCCUCGCCAGAACCUCAGCACAAGGAACAGCUGGAUCUUUCUGUGCCCAGAGUAUCAGGCGGCCAGCCUUCUGACCAGAACCUUGAUGUGUCACGCUUGCCUCGCUACCGCUUCCAGCACCUUUCCCCCAAAAGCAAACCGUAUAACACGGCCUAGCCUGCGUUCUGACAAGCCACUGCUCAAUUGUUACCCCAUCCUUUUACUUUCUAAGAGAAACAGACCACCAAAAAGUCCUCCUUGUUUUAUUUUCAUGUGUAAAGUAUCAUUUAUUGUUUCUACAAAUGAUUUAUUUCAAUAAAUUUGAAACUAGUGUUUGUUUUUUUGUUUUGUUUUUUUGGACCCGAUUAGCAAACAGCGGCUUAGCGGACAACACUAUUGCCUCACAGCAACAUGGCCUUAGUUUGAUUUCAGCCCACCUGUGUGGAGUUUGCAUGUUCUUCUUGUGUUGUGUUGGUUCCCUCCCACAGUCCAAAAGCAUGCAUGUAAGUGGAACAGAUGUCGCCGAUAGCUGUGAAUGGUGUGUGAAUGACUGUGUAUGGGCCCUGCGAUGGACUGGUUACUUGUCCGGUACAUGCUGGGGAUACAGUAUACUGCAUGGCAUUUGUAACCUACAAUAUAUGAGUGUACUGGACACAAGACCUAGAAAGUAUAGCAUCUUUUAAAUGCAGUCUUAUAAAAAUGUUUUGAUUUUCAUGAUUUUUCGCAAAUUGUGAAGGUGACGAACUUCUUUGGGAUAAUGGGAGUAGUAAACAUGUUGAGCAGGAUAUUCCCCCUCAGCAUUGUGUAAGUGGUUCUUAGCUUUAUAAACCUAAAUUGGCUGUGUCAGCAUUAUGUGGGAUGUAAAGAUGGAGAUCCUAAUGUUAUGACAUAGGGAAAGGCCCAAGUCAGAAUUAAAAUAUGAGUUGGCAUGAGUGGGAUGCACUGACAUGAAAUUAUAAUGGAUUCUCAUUUGUGGAUAUGCUUGCAUAUCUGUUUAUUUUAUAUCUGUCUCAACUUGUGGUUUUAAGUAAAACCUAGAUUUUGCAAAGAGUUAAAAACUUUUUUUUUCUCUCAACCUAGUUCCCGUUUCCCUUUCCAGGUUUUGUUUCAGCCGAGGUGGACACAUACUUCUGUAUUCGACUUCCCUUUAUGCUAACUGAGAGUCAGCGCUCCAGAGUAGGGUCGGUUAAUUAUUCAACUUUCUUGGAUUGUCUUCCCUGGAUUACUGAGCGUGCAUGUUGUGACUUCUCUUAUGUACACUAUUAUAGUGUUACUAUUCGUGGGUUACUAACUUAAUCACUAUUAUAUAUAAGUACACGGAGACGAGGAUGCGGCACAAGUCUGAUCUUUACUGACGGAGACAUCACACACUACUAGGCUCGACCAGUGUAUUACAAAACUCAGUAGCGGUGACAGUCCAACAUAAUCGAGCACCGAGUGCUCGAUCCAAUACACCACAUCCCUCUUUUCCAGCUGAGAUGUGGCCUACUCAUCAGUUGCUUCAACAGUAGACCCUUUACCGAACCAUUAACACUAUGGCAUCAACACUGAACAAGUGUUUUCUACUUGCAUACUUCAAUGAUUAAUAAAGCAUGUUUUUUAAAUGACAGAUGACUCUCAUUAAACAACAUAAACCAUUUCCUUUUCACAUUCUGGUG